GAAAACUAUUAACUUUUUCACGCCAUGGAUUAGUUAAUCACAAGACAAAUGAACAGGGCGUUCAUCGAGAUCACGAUCAUAUGUUAAAUGAGGAAGGCAUCAAACAAGCUGAAAAGGUUCAAUGCAAGUUAAGAGCUGCAGAACUUCCUGUGGAAAUCAUUUUUUGUUCUUCAUUUUGCGCCGGGCUAUUGAAACCAUGCAAAUUGCAUUCCAGGAUUAUAUGAAAGAUGAUCAUGUCCCCUUAAAGAUCCUUCCUACUUUACACGACUCUACUGCUUGUUACAAGGACAAGGUAUAUCUCAAGAAGGAAGGAAUCCACAAAGCAGACUUUGAGACCAGUGUACUAAAGACUCAGCAGUUGACUGAAUACUUUGCCAAGGUGCCUCAAAAAAAUCUAGCAGUCGUAACCCAUGGUGUUUGUAUUCGUCUCUUUAGUGGUUUCCAGAAACCAGGAAACUUGAAUGCUACUCUCAAGGACAAAAAUUCUUUUAGCCCCUGCCAGCAUUGUUAUUAUACUCUUCAUUACUAUAAUGACAGGACUUGGAGAUUUACUCCACUAGAAAAAGAAGAGUCACCUUCUUUUCGCCCUUACUACCACCAUAGUCAUACACUACUAGUACUUUCUCUGCUAUAUGCUCUAUGCUUUCCCAUGUCCUAUGAUUGCUAUUUAAUGAGUAAGAAUGCAGCUUAAGCUACUUUAUUGUACAUAGUGCACUGUUUUGUUUUUCUUUAUGGUUACUUAAGCCAAUUUGUUCGACUGUACUAUACAAAAUACAGAUGUUACGCCGUUGCUUCUUAUCCGUCUUUGUUCGUGAGCUUUCUCAAAUUUGCUUUCUCUUUCUACAGAUGCUGACGUCAAGCCUUGAAAAAUUCCACUCGCUUCUACCAUACUCUUCUGUACUUAUUUUUUUCUUUAGGGUAAGGGUUAUUCGAAACUUCCAGAAUUAGAGCCUAGAAAUAAAUACCUUGCUAUUCCCCGC